AUGAACUCUUUAAUCCCUUUAGCUUUAGUAGAAUCAGACAGAUUAGAUGAAAUUAGUUCUAUUAACAACAAUUUAAGUGGAAUGUAAAUAAACUAAACUAUUUUAAGAGUUAAUCAACAUCGCAAUGAUUUUUCAUUUUAAGUUAAUAAUAACUAAGCCUCAAUUAUUCCAAAUGAUUCAUUAGCUAUUUAAGUGAUGCCAUUAAUUAAUAGGACAAAUACAAAUGAACAAUAAUAUACUAACCCAAAUAAAUAUAUUAAAGAAAAUAAACUAAAUAAACGAGAUGCUCAUGUAAAAGUUACCGUAAUUAAAAAUAUGGUUGGUUUAGAGAAUAAUUUGAAAAAAGAAUAUUUUAUUAAUGAUCAAGGGUACAAUUUUAAACUAAAAUAAGACUAGUAGACACUAAAAAGAAUACAGACUCUCAGGAUAUUAUGAUUGGACGUUAAGAGAAGUUUGAAUUUCAAGGAUAAUGUAUAUUCCCAAAUGAUAUUGGUUUUUUAAUUAUUUUAUUAUUAGUAUUACACGAAUAAGAAAGAUUAAUUUCACGUAUUCAUUGUAAAUUAAUUUGCAAAAAUUUUUUCAGAAAAGAUCCUUAUAUUCAGCCACUUUAUAAAAAUACUUUGCGAUAUUUAAAAUACAAAUUAACUCAUUAUAUACUUUUAAAAAUUUAAAAAUUUCUAGAGUAUUUCAUUUAAUUAUUAUUUCCUAAUUAGGGAUCCAAAAGAAUGUUAUGUUUAAGAUAUUGGUAGUGUUUUUGGAACAUAUAUUCGAGUAGAUAAAAAGUAUUAGAAAUUGUAGAAAAGCCAUACUUAUAGCAUAGGAACAGAUACUAUUUUUUAAAUUUAAGAAUGCCAUGUAUUCGAAAAAAAUUAAAAACCCAUUGAUGAGCAUUUUGAUAAACUCAUCGAUUAUAUUAAGAAUAGUUUUCUUAAAUGUAAUAUUCAUGGUUUAUCACAUGAAUCUAAAUCAAAUGAAUCCUUAUAUUAAAUAUAAUCAGAGAAAUAGCCUAUAGAAAUGACCUGGAUUUUAAAUCAAUUGAAAUAAUAUAAUGUUCCUUUUAUUUUGUUAUUAUUUUCUGGAUCAGGAUUGUAAGGGUGUUAUCUUCAUUAUUUUUUCGCUAAAGAUUGUAAUAUAGAAUUUUCUAUGGGAAGGUGUAAUGAAAAUAAUAUCAGAAUAAAUUCUAAUACUAUUUCGAGAAAAUAAACUAGAAUUAGAUUUAAUAAAAAGUAGACAAUUGAAUAUUUUAUUUUAGAGAAAAUAAGUGGCAAAUAGCAGAUGGUUCAUAAGAUCGAGAGUCAGCAAAUGGAACUUGGCUUUAAUUAUCUACUAUUGAAGAAAAAGAAUAGAAAUUAGAAUCACAACCGCAUCCUUUAAAACAUUUAUCUGAAAUAAAAAUCAAUGAUUAUAUCUUGAAGGUAGAAUUAUUUGAAGCUAAGUAUAAUAUUUGAUAUCAUAUUUAGGAAAUAAAAAAAAUCUAGCAAUAAGCAAUUUUAAUAAUCCUGUAAUUGA